UUUCCUAUAAGUCCUAAAGACAUUCUGUUUUUGCUCUUCUGACUUCUCCUCACGAAAGAAGUUGAUCUUCUUUUCAAGAAACAAGCUAAAACUUCCUCUAGUAAAACAAAAUGGCCAUAAGAAAAUCCUCAAACAAGUUGUCACAAACAGCAGUGAUUAAGCAAAUCUUGAAAAGGUGUUCAAGUUUGGGAAAAAAGCAUGGAUAUCAAGAUGAAGAAGGACUUCCUCUUGACGUUCCCAAAGGGCAUUUUGUAGUUUACGUUGGCGAAAACAGAACAAGAUACAUUGUUCCAAUUUCAAUUUUAACUAGACCUGAAUUCCAGUACCUCCUACAUCGCGCUGAAGAAGAAUUUGGCUUUGAUCAUGACAUGGGCCUUACAAUUCCUUGUGAUGAACAUGUUUUUGAAUCUCUAACGUCAUCGUUAAGGUAAAAUUAAAGACAGAAAAUCGAGAAGACGAGGAACUAGCAGCUAGGAUGUUGGAAGGAAAAUUUUAUACAGAAGUUCAAGAAUCUGUUUUAUUGCUUCUGUCCUUCAUUU